AUGUUACGUUCGUUGUACGAUCUCUCUCUCAUCAAAUUUUAUAAGAAAUAUGUAAGCUUGCACACGUCUCGAGAGGAAGCUGAGGCGAGCUUAUUAGCUCUGCUGAAAACCGUGAGUGAAUCAGGAAAGGCUAAAGAAGCUACUUAUGCUAGAAAGCAUAUCGCGAAUUUCAGUGAUCUGACCAUUAACAAGAAGUGCGACCAAUAUUGGGAUGAUAGGGACGUAAAAAUGGCGAAGAGGCGAGCAGAGAAACGAGGAGCUAUUCAUGAUUAUCAUAUUCAAUACAAUGUGUAUCAAGAACACGACGUUCACAGUACAAGAAUCACAAAGUUGACGGGGGAAAAACGAAAAGAUGUCACAGACAAGGAUGAAACGUCUCACCAAAAGGUUGCAAAGAAAAAGAGUAAAAUUGACGAACUUUUCCAAGAUAUGAGAAAACGCAAUAUAUAUAUGUUAUGUGGACCGUUUAAAAAAUUGUCGGAACUGGAUGCGGAGGACCGGUUUGAAAAUAUUGUUCGUAACGCUACUAUUGAAAUUGAUUUUCCCAAAGAUAUCAAAGAAUAUCUUCACGAUUUGCUCAGUGGGGAUAUUAAGAGUGCAUUGUCAAAAGUAAAGGAGCCACUCAGUGAGGAUGCGCGACCAUUACUGUUAUGGACAAAUGAAGUUUGCCGGCACUUUAUUUUUUACUUCCAUUAUGGUGGUUUACAGAUAGACGGCGACGAAAAAACUUGGUCCAACCAAACGAUUUAUCGUAUUAUUGAUCUAUUUUCGGUUGGAGAAAUUACAAACGAAGCGCACAAAGAUAGAAUUUAUACCAUAAAUGUUAAUCAAAAACCGUCAAAUUCAAGGAGAGGUGAUAAGAAUGAUGCUGUCUUGUAUCAAGAUGAUAACGCUACAAUUGUAUAUGAACAAUCAUUCGGGCCUACAGAAUUUGAUUCAACUCAUUAUAUGGAAGAUAUAACGAAAUUAGCGCGUAACGGAGUAGAUGAUCUAAAUUAUCACUUCUUAAAUCCUCCGUAA